GGGUCGCAGGCGGCCGCGCCUAGAGCGCUCCCGGAACUGAAGCUGGGCACCGGGCCCUCGGGAGGCGGGGGCCACGUCAGCCCGGCGGCGGCGGGGCUCGUCGGGGAGCCGGCGGGCCGGAGGGAGCCAUGCGGCGGGGCGCGCUUCUAGCGGGCGCCCUGGCCUCCUACGCCGCGUACCUGGGCCUGGGCGCGCUGCUGGUGGCCCGUCUGGAGGGGCCGCACGAGGCUCGGCUCCGCGCGGAGCUGAAGAUGCUGCGGGAGCAGCUGCUACGGCAAAGCCCGUGCUUGACCGCCCCCGCCCUGGAUGCUUUCGUGGAGCGGGUGCUGGCGGCCGGGCGGCUGGGUCGCGCUGCCCUCGCCAACGCUUCGGGGCCCGCUAACGCCUCGGACCCCGCCUGGGACUUUGCCUCCUCUCUCUUCUUCGCCAGCACACUGGUCACCACCGUGGGCUAUGGGUACAUGACGCCACUGACUGAUGCGGGCAAGGCCUUUUCCAUUGCCUUUGCGCUCCUGGGCGUGCCAGCCACCAUGUUGCUGCUGACUGCCUCAGCCCAGCAUCUGUCGCUGCUGCUGACCCAUGCACCCCUGUCCUGGCUGAGCACGCGCUGGGGCUGGGACUCCCAGCGGGCAGCUCGCUGGCACCUGGUGGUUCUGCUGGGGAUCGUGACGAUCGUCUGCUUCCUGGUACCAGCUGCAGUCUUUGCCUACCUUGAGGAGGCCUGGAGCUUCCUGGACGCCUUCUACUUCUGCUUCAUCUCUCUGUCCACCAUUGGCCUGGGCGACUAUGUGCCCGGGGAAGCCCCCGGCCAGCCCUACCGGGCCCUCUACAAGGUGCUAGUCACAGCCUACCUCUUCCUGGGCCUGGUCAUCAUGGUUCUGGUGCUGCAGACUGUCCGCCAUGUGUCUGACCUUCACGGCCUCACAGAGCUCAUCCUGCUGCCCAGUCCGUGCCCCGCCAGCAUCAGUGAGGAUGAGGACGAUCGGGUAGACAUCCUGGGCCACCACUCGGAACCACACCAGCAACUCACCACCGGAUCCCACACUGACUAUGCCUCUAUCCCCAGGUAGUUGGGACAGGGAUCUUGAAGCUGGAUGGACCAGGCCUGUGGCUGAGGGGCCGCAUGGUGAGCUGCCAUACACAUGCCAGUGCUCGUGAGCACCCUGCCACCAACUGUUCGUCCUUCGUUGUACCUGUCCUGGGCUCUCCCCACACCCACGUUACCUUACUGUCCUGGCCCUACUCUGAUCUCCCCGCCUUCUGUGCCUCUUUGGCUUUCUUACCAUUUCUGUCUUUCCCUCGCACUGUCUCUUUGUUUCUCAGUCUUGUAUUCAAUCUGCUUCUCUCAGCAACUUAGUAUCUAUGGUUCUACCAGACUCUGGGCUCAGACCUCAUUUCGGCCACUAGAUCAAUUGGUCACUACACCAGGGACAAGUGACAGCUCUCUCUGAGCCUUGAUUUCCUUAUCUGUCAAGUGGAAAGAAUACAGGGUGGGGCAAACGCAGGUUUAUAGUUGUUGGUAUGGAAAGUAGUACAAUGAAGAAAUAACAACACAAGGAUAAACUGUUUCGUGUAUUCACAACUGUCAACCUACCUUUGCCCCACCCUGUAUAUUACUGCCUCUCAAACCCUCUCUUCUCUGCUGGGCAGUGCUAGACACACAGUAACGGCCGAGGCGGCUGGGCCCCACUCUGGAGACAGAAGCCCUGUCUGGAUCCAAACAGCACAGAAGGCACUGUUCUCAGCCAUGACAUAAAUGUAUCAGCUGUCCCCAUUUACCAAGCACAGAGCGCACACUGUGUGGGUUCCGGAGCCAGUCUGCUUGGGUGCAAACCCCAGCUAGUUGCAGACUGCCCGUCGCUGUGGGCAGUCAUUUUCCCUGAGAUUCUCAGUCCCUCAUCUGUCAAAUGGCCGUAAUAAUAGUACUCACUUCACAAGAUGACUUCACAGAGCUUGCCAGGUUAUUCUGCGAUGCUUUCUUUGGCCAGGCCCUGUCCUGGGUACUUUACCUGUAUGAGGAAGACAGUAUUAUCAUCCCUUUUCCACAGAUGAAGAAACUGAGGCACAGGCAGGGCAGGGGAGGUCCCUUGUCUUAGACAUAGAGCUAGGAGGUGAUUGAUUUUCUGUUUACUCCCCUCAGGUUUGUUCCCUCCAAAGAUGGUGUAUCAGUAAUAGCACUUACUGCCAAAGACCCAAUUACCAAGCUGCUACCUCUUUGAAGCCCUGUGGAGGUGGCAUAUUAGCUGGGUCUCGAGACUAGACAAGGGGGAGGGCAUGGGGAGGGCAUUCCAGGCAGGAGAAACCAUGUGAGCAGAGGCGUGGAGAUUGGAAAGCACGUUGGACACCAGCUUCUGUGAUGAGUAUGGAGUGAAUGGGGGAAGCAGGGUGGAGUGGCUGACACGGGCACCUCUUAAGUGUCUCUAAAUGACCAGCUUGGGAAACUUAGCUUCUUUCUUGAGGGUGCUAGAGAAUCAUGGAAGGGUUUUUGAGCAGGUGAGGGUCACGGUCAGGUUUGUGCCUUAAAAAGAUCCCCUGGUUUCUCUGUGGAUGUAGCUCAGAGAAGGCUAGGGCCCGAACAAGGCAGGAGGCAACAGGGCUGGGAAGGGCCAAAGGCAGGAGGUACAGGUGGAGGGAGGCUCAGGAGGUCAAGUGGACAGGCCAUAGGCCUUACAGACUUGGGUGGGGAGGGGCCCCAAGGGAUGCUCAGCUGCUCUUGAGAUAGAGACUUGGACAAAGAACAGGUUAGACGGGCGAUGCUGAGGCUAGUUUGGAACAUGGUAUGAGGGGCUAAAGACACCCAGGGGAAAGUGUUAGGAGAUUACAAAAUCCCCAGGGUUGGGGCUUGGAGUGGUUGAGGCUAGAGACAGGUGCGGGGACCAAGGCCAGUUGAGGAAAGGAAACCCAGAGAGGUUAAGUAAUUCGCCCAAGGUCACACAGCAGGUGCAAAACUGGGAUCUGAGCAAGGAUUGGGUUGGUCACUUUGUCCCGUGGGAGCUCAGGAACAUGUACUGUCUAGCUGUUUCUCACCUUCCUAGUCUUCCGCCUCCUCACCCUGGUCCUUGUCGACCUUGCUGCUGAAGUCAGCAGCUGGCUGGGGAGGCGAUUGUUUCCCCCCUUUUUGAGGGAGGUACUUGUUUUGACUUUUGCUCAUCACUUCUACUUCCAAAUUCCUCUAGAAAAGAGAAACCAGGCCCUGUUCUUUGAUGACUUUAAAAGAAAAAAAGGUGCAUGCCAAAAAUUCAAAAGCUACAAAAGAGUGUACAGUGGAAGGUCAGUCUCCAGCACUCAGGCUGUGUUGACUGAGUUCUCAGGUCUCCUUCCAGGCAAGUACCAGCAAUAUACAUGUGUGUGAAUACGUGGCAUUUUCCUUUCACUCUGCACAAGUGGUAACUAGUAUGGUGAGGUGGUUCCCAUCACAGACUCUGGAGGCAAAGCCCCUGGCUGUAAUACAUCUGAGCUCUGUCACUACCAGUCAGGGCAUGUGCUUUCGCCUCCCUGUGCUGGAGUUUGCCAGCCUGUGAAAUGGGAGGUUAACAGCACCUACCUCAUCACUUUGCUAGAGAAUUAAGCAACUUGAUGUCUGUAAAGCUCUUAGGACAGUGUCUGGGGUUCAAUAAAAUCUUGGCUAAUCAUUA